AUGAGAGCUAUGGACGACAACAGAACUGCCACUGGAGACCGUUUCCCAGCGCGUCUUAAUGGUCUUGGGCCCGUUGGACGGCAGUCCGAUACUGCAGGUCGCAAGGGUCGCGUAGCACUGGCCUGCAAACGAUGCAAGAGACGUAAACAGCGGUGCGAUGGCUCGAAUCCAACGUGCAAGUCCUGCGAAAGGGUCGGUACUCCGUGUAUCUACGAGAGAACAAUUCGACCACAAUACCCAGGCGGUAAGACACUAUACAUCAACGCCCUGGAAGAGCGUAUCGCAUUUCUUGAGGCUCGACUGCCGGAUCAUGCGCAAGAUCAUUUCGAGACUUUGGAGCCGUCUUCUGUUGUCGAUGGUCAAGACAAUGAUGUGCUUAAUGUACAGCUUUAUCCUGAGUCCUCGUCAUCGCAUCGCGGUUCCGUGUCUGAAGAUCUCGAUGGCUAUGAACGCAACUCUAUCAUUGAUGGUGUCGCGUACCUUUCACUCUGCGCCUCGGGUACAGCUGAAGCGACGCCAGAUCCAUCGUAUCUUGGUUCAAGCUCUGGAGCGGCCAUUGCUCGCAUGAUACAGCGAUCCAUCUUUCACAAUUCUAGAAAUGGCAUCACCCGUCAGAGCAAUUUCCCAAGACAACCAAAUCCUUCUGUCGACCCAUACCUCGAAAAUUUAACUCCAGCCCUCCAUCUUCACCCUGACGAACCAUCUCACGGCUUCCCAUUCCCAGAUGAAGCUCGCCACCUCUUCGACGUAUUCUUUGAUCGAAUGCAUACCCGAUGGCCAAUCCUAGACAGGAAGAAGUACACCGAACUUUUUGAAGUCCAGUAUCAGCAGGGUGCUCUAUCCAUAACCCAGCGAAGCAUCAUGCAUCUCAUCUAUGCUAUAGCUGCACGCUUUGAACAGCUCACACGCAAGUCAUCACAAGUCGAUCCUGAGAAACACUUACUAGCUGCAAUUGAGCCGAUGGAUUAUAUCCUGGAGCAGCACAAUCUCGCUACCGUUCAGUUUCUCCUCUUACUUGCUGUUCAUGGCCAGAGAUCGCCUUAUGGAGCUGGUGCGUGGAGUCAAGUUCGCUAUGCGGUGUCGUUAUGUAUUGAGCUUGGUCUGCAUCGUGAGCGGCAAGGACCACCGCCAAGUGCAGAUAUUGCCCGAGAUUUGGAGAUCCGUCGGAGAGCGUUUUGGUCGUGUUAUUGCCUUGAUCGAGGUACAAGUGUAGUUCUUGGAAGGGCCUUUGCCAUAUCUGAUAGAGACAUCAAUGUUUCGAUGCCCAACCCUGGACGAGAAUAUUGGGACUUGACGCAUGUAUCUUAUGCAAGCGAUGAUCAUGCAGUGGAGUGGUGUAACGUCGAACCAUUCAUUCAUAUCAUCAAGCUCGAAAAGAUCCAGUCACGUAUUCACCGCACUGUUUUCAGGGUUGACAAAGAUAUCUUCUCCGGUCCAGUCGAAGAACGCGUCAAGCUAGAUCAGAAGAUGGCAUCUAUACGAGCAGACCUCGAUAAAUGGAUUCAGACGACGCCUCAGUCACCAAAAGACAAUGGCAAGAUCACUUGGCUCUACGACCCUGAGAGCACCAAUCAAGAUGCGGGUGACUUUUACAGCCUCCAAUAUCACAAGGCGGUCUUAGCCCUUUUCACAGUCCUACUUCCAUCUCUAGCCACAACCGAUCCUCGAUUCAUCACAACAGCGCGAUCAGCUGCAUGUGUCUGUAUCGCAUACAAACGACUGAAUCAGCAAAGAACUCUUACAUACACCAUGAUCUCAUUGCAUAGCUGUUUCGUCGCAGGACUUACUCUGAUGUACUGUAUCUGGAAGGACAAGAGCCUAUUCAGCUAUCACGUCGUCGAGGCUACACAAGCAUGUUCUCAAAGUCUCACUGUAUUUGGUGAGAAAUGGGCAGGUGCUGUCAAGUAUCGCGACAUCUUUGAUGCCCUUUCAGGAAGUCUUUUAAAGACUCUCAUGAGCCCUGGUGGACUGUCUGGCGAUACCGGAAUGGGUGUGCAUCAAACCCCUCCUCUACAGACCAAGUUCGACCGGCCAAGCUUCAGUGCUAGCCCAGGAUUAUCAACUCAUCAGCCCAACUCCACUUCACAUAAUAGCAAUGAGACGGACGAUAUCACAAUGCGUGAUCUUGUCUCCGAUGCGGUCAAAGAGGCUUUUAUGGAGGUUGAUGAGGAAGCACCUGGUGGUUGGCAUGGCUGGUAUAUGUGGAACGAGAUGCUAGGCGAAGAUCCUACUGCUUCAGAUCUAUCCACCUCUAAUGUAUUUUCUGGGGCGGCGAAGGGUUUUAAAGAUGUUUGGAACUUGUCACAAGGGGACUUGGACCUAAGUAAAGGUUGGGACUUUAGCGGACAGUGA